UGAGUUGCGCAACGCGCUUUGGCACUCCUCCGCCUCUCGCAUACACACACGCGCGCGCGAGCGCGCGCUUCGGAUUCUCCAGGCUCGAGCUCAAAGCACGCGCAGGCUCUCGAGGCGGGUUUCUCUGUGUUUCUCUGUUCCGGCGGGCAGGGCGGGUGGAGCCCGUCUCUCUCUCUCUCUCUCUCUCUCUCUCUCUCUUUCUGUCUAUCUGUCUCACUAUCGCGAGGGGGGAUCCGAUCAGAGAGAUCAGAGAGAUUAAAGAUCGGUAUCAGAUCACACACACAGACGCGGAACGGAGCGGGAGCGUGAGAGAGCGCGAGCGCGGCGACAGGCGCGCAUGCUGGAGCGCGUGAAGCCGAGCGGCGGCUCGCGCGCGCUCUGAUGGUGCUGAGGAGAGCAGGAGGAGCUUCACUUUCUCCGCUCAUAUGAUCAGUGUGUAUAGAGAUGCUGUGGGCAGACUGUAAAGUGCUGGAGGCUGUGAGAGGGAGGCGCGGGUUACUCCGGGUGUCUCGGACGAAGCUGUCCUGCUCCUUCUGGUUUGUUCUGCUGUUUGGCGCCGGAGGUUUGGUGCUUUUCAUCCACCUACAGGAUCUAUCAGACAUGGUGCAGCAGCAGGGACCAGGGGUCGAGUUCAGCGGCAUGACACGGCACAUGAGGGAGGAACUGUGCGCCCAGCAAGACAGUGAUGGUAAAAGUGGUCCUAUGGGAGUUCUGUCGAACAGACAGCACAGAGCAGAUGAACCGAGUGCUGAUAACUCCAUCUCACCAGUGCAGUUUCCUGCCUUUGAGUGGAACAAACCAAAUCAAGCUUCUCAGAGGAUCACCAAACGCCACCGGAAACUCCUCAAAACCAGCACAGUGAUCCGUCCCGUGUCUAAUUCCUCCUCCCUCUUUUCCUUCUCGUCCUCCUUAUCAUCAUUAUCAUCAUCAUCAUCCUCAUCAUCACAUUCUAUAUCUGAGAACUGGAUGCGACUGUCCCGUAUCCAGGAAGCUCGCCGUCGCCUAAUCAAGGAUGUGUGCGCCAAAUACAAGAGCAACAUCUCACGAACGAUAACACCACACCAUGUGUCUCGUAUCUAUGUAGAGGACAGGCACAAGCUGCUCUACUGCGAGGUACCCAAAGCUGGCUGCUCCAAUUGGAAGCGAGUGUUGAUGGUGCUUGCUGGUGCUGCAUCCUCCACACAAGAGAUAAAACACGACGCUGUUCACUACAGCAACAACUUAAAGAGGUUGGACAGCUUUGAUCGUCGCUCUAUUGCCGAGCGCCUCCGCUCCUACACAAAGGUGCUGUUUGUCAGGGAGCCGAUGGAGCGUCUGGUCUCAGCCUUCAGGGACAAGUUUGAAAGCCCCAACUCGUACUACCAUCCUGUGUUUGGAAAGCCUAUUAUCUCCAAGUACAGGGUGAAUGCAUCUAAAUCGGCACUCAGGACAGGAAGCGGUGUCACCUUCCAGGAGUUCAUCCGCUACCUGUUGGAUGUCCAUCGUCCUGUGGGCAUGGACAUACACUGGGAGCCUGUGAGUCAGCUCUGCAGCCCAUGCUUGCUCGACUAUGAUUUUAUCGGCAAAUUCGAGACUUUGGAGGAGGAAGCCAACUUCCUGUUGCGCAUGACUGGAGCUCCAAAAAACCUCACUUUCCCCACAUUCAAGGACAGGAACCCUGAAGCUGCCAGGACUUCCACACGGAUCACAUGGCAGUACUUCACACAGCUCAAUGCUUCGGAGAAGCAGAGGGCGUAUGACUUCUACUACAUGGACUACCUGAUGUUCAACUACUCCAAACCCUUUGAAGACCUGUAUUGAUAAAGCUGUGACAUAUUUUGUUGUUGUUGUCCUGGCUGUAUUUGCAAAACUGUCAAAAACUGAGGGUGUAUGAAAAGCUACACACAUUUAUAUAUGAUGGGCGUUCAAGUCAAACCGGGACUUUUAAACAGUUAUGAGAGAAAAACUCCCUUUAUUUCUCACUUAGAGUUUAACUAGCGCUUGGAUAUCAUCAAGGUAGAAAGAUCAGACUGCCUGCUUCAUGUCUGAAAUGCUGGCCUCCCACAAACUUCUUUAAUAGCCCACACAUACGAAAAUGGCUUGGAGCGCGGUUAGGACUGUACGGGGGAUGUGGCCUCCCAGACGAGUUCCUGUAAUAUGCAAGUGGUGUUAAUGAAUGAUUGUGUGUACAGUUCCCAUGGACAUAUGCGUCUCUUCAGCACGUUGGUGACAAGUUCUGUCGACUUUCAUGGAUUGAUGGUUAUGUUCUCUAAAUGUUCACAGGAACGACAGCAGUGGGCACCGAGCCAUCUCGGCUGGGACAUUUAAAAUAUUUCCUGCAACUAAGAGUCUCAUUACCAUACUGUGCUUGAAGUCUUUCUGUAAAUGCCAAGUU